AUGGCGAUUUGUCUCAGUGGAGUUCAAGAGUAUGGCAAGAAGAAAAUCAAAUACAUCGACUACAAGAAGGAGCACCUGUACUUCUACAUGUGUGAGUCACCUGGGAGCCACAUUCCUUAUCAUCCCAUUUCCCCGAAGCAAACAGUUGUCAAGCCAAAAGCCAUGACUGAAAUCUUCCCACAGAGAGAUCAGUUCAUGUCUUAUUGUGACCGAGAAAAAGCAGCAUGUUUUAUUUCAUACUUACUAGGUUGGGCUCCCCCUCCUCAUGCCUGUGUAUUUCAAUGGGCAAUCCAUGCAAGUGAUGUACCUCCAAAGGACAUUGCCUGGGUCAGCAGCUUUUACAUCCGCUAUUUCAUCAUAUUUGGCCCUUUCUAUGGAAUCUUCGGAACCAUGGUGCUCAUAUACUUAGUCAAGUUUCUUGAAAGUCCCUGGAUUGCAUAUGUUACCCAGAUGAGCCACAUACCAAUGAAAAUGAGCAGAGAGGAGAACAAGGACUGGCUUAGCACUCAGGUCUUGGCCACCUGUAAUGUUGAACAGUCCUUUUUCAAUGACUGGCUCACUGGGCACUUGAACUUUCAAAUCGAACACCAUCUGUUCCCCACAAUGCUGUGCCAUAAUUAUCACAAGGUGGCACCUCUGGUGAGGUCACUGUGUGCGAAGCAUGGGCUGCAGUAUGUGAAUAAGCCCGUGUUGAAGGCAUUUGGAGACAUUGUCAGAGCCUUGAAGAAAUCCGCAGCCCUCUGGAUGGAUGCUUACUACACCCAUCCAGAAACAUGA